GGAACGUCCUGAGGGGAAAUACCGCGAGACCACGGCGGGCGCGUCGGAAGCGCGAGAGCGGAAUUGGCCUCCGGGUUUUGCGCACGCGCAGAAGCCGGUCCGCUGCUUUCCAGCUGGACGAGGAGGUUCUGGGGUGACGCCGGAUGUGGUGCUGCGCAGGGAGUCGGGGUUCCGAACUGCCGAUCCUUGAGCGAGAGUCGAGGCUCGCGGCGCUGGGCCUGGCUGGGUCGUGGCGGCUGCGCUGGAGGUCAAGAAUGCUUUCCAAGAAAGUACCAUAAAAGUACAUUGUGAGCUCCAACCUGGUUGUUUACCUAGCCAUGGAAAACCUCAUUGGAUCGUCACUAGAUCAGAUCAUAAUUGGCAGUCUUAAAAACUCUUUCCAUCAAAAAGUAUCAGGAAUAAAAAUCUAAAAUACAUUCUUGCCUCUUCAAGAAAUUCCUGUAAGUGCCAACAGAAAAGCAACAGACACUCAAGCCACCUACGCAGCAGAGGGCACAGAAUGUCUCUGUAUCGGUAUUUCUCGCACCAUGUUGUGACCCAUUAGUGAGUCAUGAAAUCAUUUCUGUGAAUCACAAAUGAACGUUCUUUAAAACAAAAUAUCAAGAGUGCUUUGCAUGGACGUUUUUUCGAAUUGUAUACGUGGCAAGGAAUACUGAGGUCAAUUUUGAUAUGCAAGAAGGGUGUUGAUGGAGGGAAUAUGAUGAAUAGAAUAAGAUAUUUUUUACAUAUAUGUAUAAAUAAUGGUUUUUAGUCAUUUGAUUGUGGGUGUCUUGUUUGGUUUUCAUAAUAGCAAAGUUAAUGUUUUGCAGUCUAGUUUCAUAUUACCGUGACUUGGAACUACACUUUGAAUUCUGAGAUUUUCAACUGAGCUUCAGUUACAGACUUUGAUUCCAUUUUUUGAUAAGGUGUUAUUGAGGCCAUAUAUUAUAUAUAUUUUUUCUUUUUUGAGUUAGUGGCAUAACAUUUAAAUCAAACUGAAACAAAUUAUUGCUAAAAUGGAUUUCUUUAUUAAAAGAGAGAGUAAUGAAGUGAAAUAUGCAGAAGCAUGUUCAAGUUCAACUAUUGGAUCUAGAAGUGUGAAUAGAGAUGAUAUUGAGAAAAAUAAUGACUCUGAUCUACAAGCUUCACUUUUUUUUGAGCCACAUUUCAAAAAGAAAAAAGUAUGCCCAAGACGUUAUAAUGAAAGUUACUUAAAAUAUGGUUUUAUCAAAUGUGAAAAACCUUUUGAAAAUGAUAGACCUCAGUGUGUUAUUUGUAAUAACAUUCUUGCAAAUGAAAGCUUAAAACCUUCAAAGUUGAAAAGGCAUUUAGAAACUCAGCACGCUGAACUUGUUGAUAAACCUAUUGAAUAUUUUCAAAGAAAGAAAAAAGACAUAAAGUUAUCAACCCAGUUUCUUAGUUGUUCUUCUACUGUUGGGGAGAAAGCUUUGCUAUCAUCAUAUUUAGUUGCAUAUCGUGUGGCAAAAGAGAAAAUGGCUCACACAGCUGCUGAAAAAAUUAUUCUUCCAGCCUGUUUGGAUAUGGUGCGUACAAUUUUUGAUGAUAAAUCAGCUGAUAAGUUGAAAACUAUACCUACUGAUAACACAAUAUCUCUUCGAAUCUGCACUAUUGCAGAACAUUUAGAAACAAUGCUUAUUACUCGGUUACAGUCUGGUAUAGAUUUUGCAAUCCAGCUUGAUGAAAGCACUGAUAUUGGAAGCUGUACAACAGUUUUAGUUUACGUCAGAUAUGCAUGGCAAGAUGAUUUUGUGGAAGACUUUUUAUGUUUUUUAAAUUUAACCUCACACCCAAGUGGAUUAGAUAUUUUUACGGAAUUAGAAAAGUGCAUUGUUGGUCAAUAUAAACUAAACUGGAAAAACUGUAAAGGAAUUACAAGUGAUGGAACAGCAAGCAUAACUGGAAGGCAUAGUAGAGUAAUUAAAAAAUUACUGGAAGUUACUAAUAACGGUGCUGUGUGGAAUCAUUGUUUUAUACAUCGUGAAGCUUUAGCAUCCAGAGAAAUUCCACAGAAUCUCAUGGAAGUGUUGAAAAAUGCAGUGAAAGUUGUUAAUUUUAUUAAAGGAAGCUCAUUGAAUAGCCGACUUCUUGAAACAUUUUGUUCAGAGAUUGGAACUAAUCAUACCCACUUACUGUAUCAUACCAAAGUUCGCUGGUUAUCUCAAGGGAAAAUACUAAGUAGGGUUUAUGAACUCAGGAAUGAGAUUCACAUUUUUCUCACUGAAAAGAAAUCAAAUUUGGCAAAUAUUUUUGAAGAUACUAUUUGGGUAACAAAAUUGGCAUAUUUAGCUGAUAUUUUUGGCAUUCUUAAUGAACUGAGUUUAAAACUACAGGGAAAAAACAAAGAUAUAUUUCAGCAUGUCGAACGUAUCCAAGGAUUCCGAAAGGCUUUGUUGUUAUGGCAAGCAAGGCUUAACAGUGAACGUCCUAGCUACUACAUGUUUCCAAGGUUUUUGCAACAUAUUGAAGAGAAUAUCAUUAAUGAAAGCAUGCUGAAAGAAAUAAAAUUAGAAAUAUUGUUGCACCUUGCUUCUCUGUCUCAAACUUUUAACCAUUUCUUUCCAGAAGAGAAAUUGGAAAGAUUAAGGGAAAACAGUUGGGUAAAAGAUCCAUUUGCUUUUCAAAAUCCUGAAUCAGUAAUUGAGUUAAACUUGGUGCCUGAAGAAGAGGAUGAAUUAAGGCAGCUUAGUUCUUCAUAUACAUUGAAGAAUGAUUAUGAGACUUUAAAUUUAUCAGCAUUUUGGAUUAAAAUAAAGGAUGACUUUCCUUUGCUAAGUAGAAAGAGUCUCCCACUUUUACUACCAUUCACAACAACUAGUUUGUGUGAACUAGGAUUUUCUAUCUUAACCCAGUUAAAAGCAAAGGAAAGAAAUGGGUCGAAUGGUGCAGCUGAUAUGCGGGUAGCACUCUCUUCUUGUGUUCCAGACUGGAAUGAACUUAUAAAUAGGCAAGCACACCCCUCACAUUAAAUGUUACCUAGUUUUUGUAUUUCUAAUUUUGUAAUAUUUUCAUAUGUUAUAUUUAAAUGUUAAUGUAAAAUCGUAUGUGGUACCUUUGUUCUGUUUGAAUUUUUGUUACAUUUUAAUAAUAUUAAUAAAAUCAUAUGACUUUA